AUGACGAUGGUUAUGACAUGGCCUCGCCGCCCAGGCCUGUCAUGGAUGGACGCAACAAGAACCGGCUCGAGUGAUCAGAGCAGGUGUCCCCGGAACUACACGGAAAAUCCUUCGUCUCAUUUCUCAUCUAGUCACGACCCGGAGUUAGUGAGCGAACACGAACCAGCAGAGGACAUUCGUACAAAUUCUCCGGCGAAGACCAGCAACCAGAUCCCGACCCCAACCAUCCGCCCAGAAAGCCCCUUAAACCUGCUGCUUGCUACACACAUCCACCGUCACCUGCGCGUCAUGAGUAGCCAAUGA